AUGACCGACGACUCUAAUGAUGAUCAUAAAACUGAGGGUGAAGACGACGGCCUUUUGGCUUCACCAUUACCGUCGCCAACACAACUUGAUGUCAGUAAUUUUCAAUGCCCGCAUCCAGAUUGUGGCAGAUCCUAUGCUUCCAAGCAUGGACUUGACAAUCAUAAUAGAGUUCAUUUCACUGAUAACGAAAAGCCUUUCGCCUGUCCUCAUCCAGGAUGCCUAUCAAGAUAUACGAAUAAGAGAGGAGUUACUCGUCACUUCAAUCUCAAACACAAAGACAAAAGUGACUGGUUCAACUGUCCUACGGCAGAGUGUGAUUCUUCUUUUUUUGAUGAACGACAGCUCAAGUUGCAUCAAAGAGAGCAUGGACUAUUUCGCUGUACUGCGAGACACUGUGUCUAUGAGUACACCACCGAGCAAGAGUUAUAUGAUCAUAGAGAGCGUAACCAUACAACUUCUGACCUAUAUGAAGAUCGUACUAGCAAGCGACCACCAGGAAUGUCUAAAGUAGAAGAAGACCUGCCUGCACAAGCUUCAAGCGGAGAGGAGACCGGAGAUGAGAUCGUUGUCGACGAGAGUUCAACAAAACCAGAAUUCUGCGAGGAUGAAGAUAACUUUGAGAAUAGUUCCCCCUUCAAGACGCCUACACACGGGAGAGGUAGUAAAAGAGGCAUUACAAAGAGAGCUUCGUUGAAUACGGAGAAUUAUCCUGCAAGACCUAACUGCAAAGGCUGGAAAUGUCCCAAACCUGGCUGUACAGUCUGUCGCAAAGUACAGUUUGAUAUUAUUACUCAUUGGCAGGAGGCACACAGUGAUAUACCAGAACCAGCUCAUUUUGAAUUUGUCCAUGGUCCGAAGUCAUCCGAGAAUACAGCUACUCCUAGAUUUGGGGUCAAUGGCCAUCGGCUCGGAGGACAGUCUACUUCUGUUGGUCAGCCAGGUCACCCCGACCAAGAAGGGGCAAGUAGAAGUAAUGCCAAUGAUGGUGCUCGAGGACUAAAUUCUCAACAACAGAGGGGAAAGGGCGACAAUACUACAGGAAACAAGAACACAAAUAUGAAUGGCUUAAGCGUACCAAACGCUGCUACAUCAACCCCUUCCAUCGCUUCUUCUCGUUUGCCUGCGGCAACAAAUACUCAAGGCCACACUCCAAGAUCUAACAAUGGUCGUCCCAUUAUCCCCCCCCCACGCCACGCACCUAAUCUCGCUCGUCCAACCACCACCAUCUUGGCUAAUUUUACUGGCAAUCUUUCUGGUCCAGCUGAAACGCCUUCAAUCAACAACCGACGUAAGAAGGCAGCGGUUGGCCAUCCCACUCAGAGGAUUCACGCUCGUGCAACGGAGGCCCGCCGUAUGAGUCCUCCUCCUGCUAGGAGCAACCAAGGUGCAAAGUCUGCUGUCGCUUUGAUCAACACCCGAUUGCCUCCUCAAAGACACUCUCAAGUCUCUUCUCCCGAUUCUUCCCGUCGCGCCUCUCCUGUGAGCUCCGAUGAAGAAGAGGAAGGCGAGGAGGAGGGUCUCUUCGUCUCGCCACCUGAUACCACCAAGAAUCAGACCAAAGGUCCUCGCCGCGUAUUAGGUGUUCGAGGCUUUGCCAAUAUGCCAUUGCCUAGAGAUCAAGAUUCUGACGAGGAGGAUCUUAGACCAAGUCAUGUCUUGAGACAAGAACGCCGUGCUGCUGCCGGUAAAUCCUUGAAGCCUGAUCAUGCCCAAGAAUUUCUUGGUGCGAGUAGGAAAAUCUACGGUCAACCUAGGAAGAUGGGAAAAUCCACCAAGUUUUUUGCAGCCCGAUCAACUGAUUCAGAUGAAGAUUCAAAUUUUGAGGGCAGCGAGUUGAAUUCAUCCGGUAGCUCUUUUGGAGAAACUGAAACCCAUCACCCCGGUCGUCGUUCAACAAACCACGUCAACGCACGUGCCUCUAACUCUGUUCAUCGUCGCUCCUCUGUCAACAACGGCGAUCCCCCAAGAACUCCUUCUCCUGAUCUUCCUAGAUACCAACCCUAUGAAGUCUACGGUCCAGAUCUCGACUCUCCACCCCCAUCCUAUCUCAUCAAAUCACCUGGUGUUAUCGACCGCACUCUUCCAUACCCCAAUCGUCCAGAAGACAAAAUGCUCCCUGAUGUUGCUGCAGUUCAACCCGACGACCUUUUCGAUGCUGAUGACAUCUUUUUUAGCUUUCGAGACAUGACUCCACACGAAAGAGAGGUACAGGAUCGUCUUGAUGCAGAGAAAGAAGCCAUGAGAGCAAAUGCCUACGGCUCUGGAUUCCGCGCUCCAUUGCAUUUUGAUCAUUGUCCCCUCACAGCUCCAAUCUGUCGUGCCGAGCGGGCAGCUUGGAUUGCGGAGAGAUUACGUCUCGAUGUUGAGGAAGCUCGUGGUGAUGAAUCUGAAGAUCCUGAGACACCAUCAAGAAUGGACCGCGAUGAUGAUCGUCGCUCUGAUGUUGACGUGGAAAUGACUGGUACCGGAACAUCUGCUUUAUCAAAGAAAAAGAGAGCCACUUGCUCGGGCCCAGUUCGUGAAAAGAGAAAGUACAACUGGCGUGAUCCAGUUAGGAAGAAUAAGCGUCGUAAAGGAAGUUUUUCCGGCAUUACAUCUCGUCGUGACAGCACUCGCCGUUCUUAUUCUGGUGGAAACUCUCAGAUUGAUGGUGCCGAAGAACAGGAAGAAGUAGUCGCCGAAAGCCAAAAGCCAAAAUGGGCAUGGAGUGACGCGCAUCGAGCUGUGAUCAAUACACGAAAGCCUGUUGAAUUGGUUCGUCCGGACGCUUUGGCUACUGAAGGCGGCACUGCGCUUCCUCGCCUUGUCGAUCGUGCCCCCGUUAGUCCUUCUGUUGGCUCGGAUAACUUGAAUGCUUCGGGUGUUUUCACUGCUGCGGCUGGUAGCGCUAACGCCUCCUUUGUCUCUAGCGAUGGAUAA